AUGCUAAUGAAAGCAUUGCACACUUUUUCAGUGAAAACUGGAAUCUCUGGGCUUCAAGUACAAACUGUGAGGAGUGGAAAUAAUGUUGUCAUAAAAUGUGAUGAAAACAUUGUCAAAGACAAGAAAACUCAUUUAUUAGCUUGGUAUAAACAGAGGUUAGGAAAUGUACCAGAGCCUGUAUUGAGACAGUUUGGAGAGGGAGAGAAGCUCAGAUUUGCAUCAGGUUUUAAGGACGGCCGCUUCACUGUGGAUGAAGAAGCGUUUGAUCUCAGUAUAAAAGGAAUAAAAGAAGAGGAUGCAGCAACAUAUUUCUGUGGAAAAGUAAAGACGAAUGUUGUAGAGUUUGGAUCUGCGACUCGCUUGUUUUUUCAAGCUGAGACGAUCGACCAUCGCUCUCCGACUGAAAUGGUGAUCGAGACUGGAGAGUCUGUUACUCUCCAGUGUUCAGUACAAUCUCUUACUCCAGACUGUUCAGGAGAACACAGUGUGUACUGGUUCAGACAUGGAUCAGGAGAAUCUCAUCCAGGAAUCAUUUACACUCAUGGAAACAGGAGUGAUAAGUGUAAGAAAAGCUCUGAGACUGAUUCUCCUACACAGAGCUGUGUCUACAAACUCCCCAAGAGAAACCUCAGCCUCUCUGAUGCUGGAACUUACUACUGUGCUGUGGCUGCAUGUGGACAGAUACUGUUUGGAAAUCAAACUAAAGUUACUGUACAAGAAAAUAACAGCUGGAUUGUUAUUAUCUUGACAACAGUGAGUGUAAUAUCUUCUGUUGUGAUCAUGAUUCUUCUUAAGAAGCAACAGCAUGGUAUUUCAAAUGGCUGGCCAAGCCACAUUAAUCAGGCUGAGGACAGAGAUGUCUUAAACUAUGCCACCCUGAAUUUUGCUAAGAGAGUGAAGGAAAGUCAAAACCUGUAUUCACAGGUGGAAUAUAGCUGUUGGGAAACGACACAAGCUCAGUCCAGUAGAUCUCUCUAUCUUAUCAUGAAAGCAGUAACCAAAGCAAUGAUUAGAAUCUGUCUCACAUUUUGCCUCUUCAUAAAUGUGAAAUCUUCCGAAGUUGCUGAGCUCCAAGUACAACCAGUAAGUGAGGGAGAUAAUGUGACAAUAAAAUGUGACCAACAAACAGCAAAAGGCAACAAAAAUGGUUUAGUCUGGUAUAGGCAGAGUUUUGGAAAUGUGCCUCAGUAUGUUGUGAGAACAUUUGAGCACGACAACAAGCACAGAUUUGCUCGAGCAUUUGAAAACGGACGCUUUACCAUGACCGUGGACGAAGAAAGGUUUGAUCUCAACAUAUAUGGAGUCAGCAGGAACGACAUAGGGAUGUAUCUCUGUGGAAAAGGCAAGUCGAAUGUUGUGGAGUUUGGAUCUGGGACUCUUUUGGUUUUUGAAGGAGACUGCAGUAUGUAUCGGCUCAAACAUGGCUCAGAAGAGUCUAAUCCAGAAAUCAAUGAGACACAAGGAAUCAGGAAUGAUCAGUGUGUAAGGAUUUCUGAGACUGAUUCUCCUACACAGAGCUGUGUCCACAAACUCCCCAGGAGAAACCUCAGCCUCUCUGAUGCUGGAACUUACUACUGUGCUGUGGUUCCAUGUGAGGAGACAGUCUUCAGAAAUGGUAGUUUGGAAAUGAAAGGAUGUGGUGAUAAGAGCUGCAGGAGGUGCCAUGAGACCAGCACUCACACCCCAAGCACCAAUGAGAGUUGUGGGAAGCAGUCUGAGCCCGCGCUGCUGAUGUCAAAUCAGCAUCAGCUGGCUCUCAGUAAGGGCAGCAUGAGCACCUUAGGGCUUAGGCGCUAA